UUGUGUGUGCGCGCUUGUGAAUUUACUUGACUUGUAACUCCUUAAGAAAUCUCAUAUAUACAAUACUUGUGUGAACAACAAAUUAUUUGAAAAUCCAUUUAAUAUAUUUUUCAAGUAGUUACGCCUUCGCAUGAAUUGAUCUCGUUCGAUAGACUCGUAAUAGAAGAAAAUCAAAAAAAAAAAAAAAAAAGAGUUAAAAAAAAAAACAAAAUUCUCAAGUGUUAAAUUUGGCACGCAAGCAUAACGAUGAAAAGGUAUUGUUGCUUGUGCUCCGCAAAGUGGGCAAUUUUCUUUCUAACACCAUAAUAACCUUAAAGUGUGAAAGUUGAAUAACUUUUAAAAUUUCACUUUUUGGUUUUUUUUUUGAUUUUUUGAUUUUUUAUAGCGAGAGAGUGGAAAAUAGAUGAAUUGGAAAUAAAGGCCAAUGAAAAUAUUUUAGUGACAAUACCCAUGCAAAGAUGGGUGAUUCAGAAAGUGAAGACAGUGACGGUGAGGGAGGUUUAGGUAAUGUUUCACGUAUCAUUAUACGACCGCCUGGGGUGAGCGGUAAAGCGAAAAGGGGACAUUUAUGCUUUGAUGCUGCCUUCGAAACUGGCAAUCUGGGAAAGGCGGAGCUAAUUGGCGAAUUUGAAUACGAUUUAUAUUUGCGCCCCGACACAUGUAAUCCUCGUUUUCGUUUCUGGUUCAAUUUCACGGUCGAUAAUGUUAAACAAGAUCAACGAGUCAUCUUCAAUGUGGUGAACAUGAAUAAAGCACGCAAUUUAUUCAAUAAUAAUUUGACGCCUUUGGUAAAAUCUUCUAGCCGUCCAAAAUGGCAACGUUUACCUAAAAAACAUGUCUACUACUAUCGUUCGCCAGUACAUCAAAAUCAUUAUAUAUUAAGUUUUGCCUUCUCUUUUGAUAAAGAAGACGAUGUCUAUCAGUUUGCUUUGGCACCACCAUACAGUUACUCCCGACUACAAUCGUACCUGAAUUUCAUUGAGAAUCGACAUCAAAACGAUAAGAAAUUUGUGCGCACAUCAUUAGCUAAAAGUUUACAAAAUCGUAAUAUCGACCUGAUAACCAUAGAUGAAAUAAGUUGCAAGAGCAAGAGCUUACGUACGGAGCGCAGUUUUAUACGCGUAAUUGUGAUAUUGAGUCGAUCGUAUGGCAAUGCCAGUCCAGCAUCAUACAUGUGCCAAGGUUUUGUGGAAUUUUUGUUAAGCACUCAUAAAAUAGCAAAAAUAUUGCGGGAAAAUUUUGUAUUCAAAAUUGUGCCAAUGGCGAAUCCGGACGGAGUCUUUUUGGGUAACAAUCGUUGCAAUUUGAUCGGUCAGGACACGAAUCGUAUUUGGCAUGUGGCCAAUGAGUAUCUGCAUCCAGAAAUUUAUGCGAUUAAAAAUAUGCUCAAAGAAAUUGAUAAUUCGGAUAUCUUUCAAAUCGAUUUUGUCAUCGACCUGCAUGCUCAUAACAGCUUGCAUGGCUGCUUUAUUUAUGGCAAUACUUAUGAAGAUGUUUAUCGCUAUGAAAGGCAUUUAGUAUUUCCCCGAUUAUUUGCUGCACAUGUGAAAGAUUUCGCUGCCAACAAUAUGAUGUUCAAUGCAGAUGACAAGAAAGUUGGCAGUGCACGGCGAUUCUGCUGCGAAAGAUUAAGUGACACCGUAAACGCUUAUACCUUGGAAAUAUCCCUGGGCGGUCAUUAUUUAAAAGACGGAAAAACUGUGGCCUUGUACACCGAAGAUGGCUAUUAUAGAUGUGGUCGUAAUUUGGCUCGCACUCUUUUGCACUAUUAUCGAUUUAUUAAUAUUUUAGCCGAACCGCUACCGGCCGAUGUUCGAUCGAAAAAACGACGACCUAGAACACAUCAAGCUCGCUCUAGAUCGCGGCAGCGUUAUGAAGUGAAACCGCGGCCUAAAACUACACGUUGCUCGGCUCCGAUAUCUUAUACGAAUCUUAGCAUCUGUUAUGACUCGGGUGGAUCGUCAGACGAGGCUUUCUCGCCUGAACGUCAUUAUCGUUACGCUCCGCGCAGCAGUCACUUGAGCGGUUAUCGUAGCUAUUAUAGAAAUCCAUCCAGCUCUUUACUUAGUCAAGCUCAGGAUCAAUUCACUUUACUACGAAUAAAAUCGGGUAAAUUUGAUACUUUACAUUGUGGAUAUAAGAUCGGUAGUAAAAUUCCUACGCGUUCUAUACCGUUAGAACAAAAUGAGCCAAAAUUCGAAGUCUCAAUUAAUAUUCCGCCAAAGCCUUAUCUUUCCAUUAUCGAUUUAAAUCAAUUGACGAGAGGUAGUUUAAAUAAGAAAUCGCAUAGUUUCGAGUAUUCAUAGAGAAAUUGAUUGUUAUUCAUUUUUCUUCGAGAUUUGAAUUAUUUCAUCAUAACAUUUCAUAGCAAGCAGCAACCUUUCUUCCUAAGCUACCUAAAUAGUUUUUGUGUCGUGUUAUCGUUAAUAGCCCCCAUUAAAUCUUUCAACGCGCGAAAUAAUGAAAAUACAUUAUUUUGACAGGCGAAUAAAAACUACAAAAAUAGCUAAAAAUCAAAUAAUCAAAAAUUAUGAAAAAAAAGAUAAAUAAGAGGGGGAUAGGGUAGAGUAGUGGGUAUAUUUUUAGGAGCACGACUUGGGCACAUGAUUAAAAAUUUCUUCUGUAUGUGUCGCGGCGAUAGCCGUUAUCUUAAAAAGGCUGCAUAUAUAUUUUUUUUUAAAUAUUUUUGAAUUUCUGUGUUUGAUUUCUUUUUCUUGAGAAGAGCAUAGAUUGGCUUUUUGAAUGCUAAAUUCACGAAAAUCAAGAAAUUUUUGAUAACUCGUGACCCCUUCUACAACACAUCUUCUUAAAGGUUUAAUAGCUCAUCGCAUCGUUUUGGGAAGGAUGGUAUAAAAUUGCUUAUGCGCGGUUCAAGUCUUCUCAUUUAUAUCUUUGCUUAGCUUUGAACUUUUCCGCUGUGCUUUGAACUUUUUAAAAAUAAAUGUAAUGAAAAUUGAUUGUUUUUUGUCGCUUUAUUUUUGCUUUAUCAUAAAAGGGGCGAAAAACAAUAGAAAUUGUAGUUUAAGAAUAGGUUUGCGGGACCCGUUCAACUAAUGGGUUUGUGCUUUCAAGCUCAACAAUUAUGCAUAAGGAAGUAACGUAUUUUUAGGGUUUAGGGUGUAGUAGUUUGUAAUGCAGAAAAAGCUGCGACUGCGGAAAACAUCAACAAUUUUUUCACAUUUUCCUCGUAAAUACAUUUUUGAAAAGCAUUCGCCAAAACUACCUGCAUAGUCGAGGCAAAAAUGGUCCAAUAUCGGUUAAGUAUUAUGCGAAACAUUAACUAAUAAAUGGUUGUGUUAGCAAUUAUAUGCCAUUUUACGCUCAUUAAAUUUUUUUCCCUCUGAAUGCUUACGGAGCCUAAGUAAGGCCAAGAAACAAGUUAUGGAAAUUCUUUGUUAAAGACGCUUUGACAAAAAUAAUGAACGGAACGGAAUCAUAGAUUGGAAACCGAGAAAUUUGUUUUGAUUUCUGCAAUAAGGGACAGACUUAUGCGAAACAGACAGACUUGUUGCAAGCCUGGGGCGAAUGUGACAAUUGUUCGCUAGGCAGUCUACGCUAAACAAGUCCGAUAAAUUUAAGCGUAAAGUUUUGAUUGGCACGGGACUCUGCAAGCAAAUAUCCAAUAAAAAUGCCCGGCUAUAUUUAGGGAAAGACGAAUACCGACCAUUCGGGGAAUGCAGCAUACUCAAGCUGGUUGAACCAUAUUCAAAUUGUGGCUAAGAAUUUCUUUAUAAGUAUUUCCGCGUUAACUUUACUUGGUAACAGAAAAGAAUUACCAAAAAUUGCAAUGCCUAAAAAAGAGAGUACGAUUCGAUAUUCGACAAAACUUUGCAAAUCAGAUGAGUACGUUCUCACAAUUUACAAAUCAAAACCAAAUAAAAAAGUAUUAUUGCUUAGUUCCAUGAGCACAAAAAUGUGAGAAUGAAACGAAAUACCAAACGUAUAACUGAAACAACAAGAACACCAAAUAUGGACUUAAUAUUCUCGAACAAAUGGCUAAAAAAUAUGCGGUAAGAGCAGGUUCUAUAGAUAGCCCCUUCAUUUUAGAUUUGGCGACUAUCAAUGCGUGGGAGAGACAAGGGGAGUAGACAUAUCUUGCAAGGAUUUUCCCUUUCAAUUAGCUGAAGAAUUCAAAGCAACGAAAUUAUUUGUUUACAUUUAUCUCUAAGUAAAUCUCUA